CUCCAUCCUCAGUGGACCUUUUAUAUUAGGAUAUAAGGCUCAUGCACUAUUUAAUCGUCAAUUAACAGUAUGGACAAUGGUACUUAUCAAAACAAAUCACGGCUAAGUAUAUCCUUUCGUUAUCAAUAGUGAAUGAAUAACAUUAAUUCAGCGUUAUCUAAAGCCGCAGAAAAGCGUUGGUAUUGCUUACGCAAAUACCUACCUACACGCGCCCGCUGCUGUUCCUAUUGACAAAAAUCUCUUUGAACUCGUGAAUAUCGAACUAUAUUGCACCAAGUAGUGAACCACGAGGAGGUCACUUUCAAUCGCAGGAACUGUGUAAAUUAUACUGUUUAGAUUUCAGUUUUAAACUGGAAAAACUUAUCGUAAUAAAAACAAAUGACUUGACUCUUUCUUGUGUAGAUAGUUUCGCCUGCAACAUAAAGUGUGGGACCAGAAUAAGGUAGUGACCGGUAGAACGGUACCCGUGUGUCCUUUAGUGAAAUUCAAGAUGGCGGCAGACACGGAGACGGAAGUGCUGAGGGAGUAUUAUUCAGACAUCGACUACUUGAGUUCUCCUGAGGGGAUUAUGAAGCUAAUUGCUAUCCUGGGCUGCCUGUGUUCAGCCGUGCUGUUCCUGGCAGGCGGGGGCUGCGCAGGCGCCGCGGGGCUGGCGGCGGGCGGCGCUAGCGUCGCCUUUAUCACUGUCGGACUGUUGGCUGUCCAGCUGACGGCGACGCUGCUCGGCGCGCCGCUGUACGCGCCGCAAGCGUGGCUCUACUCCGAUGUGGUGGGCAGCUCAGUCCUCGGCGCGCUGCUGGUGCUAAGCGGCGCGCUCAGCGUGACGCUGUGCGAGCUGCGCGGCUUCGUCAGCUAUGUGCAUGCUCCGCUAGCAGCAUGCAACGCAGCACUAGUCGUGUGCGGUGCCGUGGCCACGUACGCGGCGGUGACGCGGCGCUGGGACGCGGCGCGCGGGCCCGCGUGGGAGCCGCGCCGUGAGCCGCCGCAGGAUGUCGAUGUCUGACAGCCCACGAGGCCGUACAUCACGGCCGCGUACAAUAUACUAGCAGAAUGUCUACGCCUGACGGAUCACCGAGCCUGGAUUUUAGUGGCAGGGGCUGCAAGGCAACGCGCUAAUUAUUACAUAAGAGAUGCCCGAAACGCGACGGUAAGUUUGGACUUUUAUAAAGUCCAAACUUGCCGACCGGUUUGGCCUAGUGGGUGCCCCUGCCCUGCCUACGAAGCUGAUGGUCCCGGGUUCAAAUCCUGGUAAGGGCAUUUAUUCCUGUGACGAGCAUGAUAUUUUGUUCCUGAGUCAUGGGUGUUUUCUAUGUAUUUAAAUAUUUAUAUAUUAUAUAUAUAUCGUUGUCUAAGUACCCUCAACACAAGCCUUAUUGAGCUUACUGUGGGACUUAGUCAAUUUGUGUAAUGAUGUCCUAUAAUAUUUAUUAUUAUAAAGUGAUUUUAAUACUUAGAGUAAAACAAACUCUUCUUUUAGUACUCCUAUAAGUUACUCGUACAUAUACAAGUUAUUUAUGUGUAAAUAGUAUCUGAAUAGUAUAUGAAGUCCUAACACUCCUAAACAACUGGUUAGGCUUGUAAAAUGUAUAUCGACAAACUUCACUUGAGAUAGCGCAUUCGAGAAGGUUAAUUAAUUAAUUAUUUUAUGGCUCCUCUACACGAUGGGCCAUCAUACUGGCCCACUAAGAUGCGCCAACGUGUGGAGAGCGCAGUGGUGUCGGAUGGUUCGUGGCGCGGCGGGAUGGCGAUGCG